UGGAGUUCUGGAAGCAUGCGGGUCGUGGUGCGUGGGUUUGGUUAACCAAACUCUUCAAUGUUAUCUUCCGGACAGCAAGGAUGCCAGAUGAGUGGAGGGAGAGUCUCUUGGUCCCCCUGUUUAAAGGCAAAGGUGACAUCCAGAGCUGCGAGAAUUACAGAGGCAUCAAACUGCUUAGCCACACCAUGAAGGUUUGGGAGCGAGUCAUUGAGUAUAGGGUGCGGAAAGGGGUAUGCAUCUCUGAGAACCAGUUUGGUUUCAUGCCUGGCAGAUCAAGUACAGAGGCCAUUCACCUCGUGAGGAGGUUAAUGGAAGAGUAUAGGGCUAGGAAGAAGGACCUUCAUAUGGUGUUCAUUGAUCUCGAGAAGGCAUACGAUAGGGUGCCAAGGGAGGUCUUAUGGAGGUGCCUUGAGACGAGAGGAGUUCCCAUCGCGUAUACUCGCGCGAUCAAGGAUAUGUACGAUGGAGCUAUGACUAGGGUAAGGACCUUCAGGGGCGACUCUGAGUCAUUCUCGGUAGGGAUGGGGUUGCACCAGGGGUCUGCCCUUAGCCCUUUUUUGUUCGCCUUGGUGAUGGACGUCCUAACUCAAGGUGUGCAAGAAGGGGUCCCAUGGUGCAUGCUUUUCGCGGAUGAUAUUGUGCUUAUCGACGAUACACGUGAGGGACUAAACGAUAAGUUGGAACAAUGGCGCCUUGCCCUUGAGACUAAAGGGUUCAUAAUAAGUAGGAACAAGACUGAAUACAUGGAGUGUCGUUUCAGCGGCAGAGAAACAGAAUCAGAGGUGGAAGUUAGGAUUGACUCUCACCUAGUACCUAAGGUAGACAAGUUUCGAUAUCUUGGCUCGGUAAUCCAGGCUGAUGGGGAGUCAGACGGGGAUGUUGGACAUCGUGUUGGAGUGGCUUGGGCCAAAUGGCGGUUGGCUUCAGGGGUAUUGUGUGACCCGAAGAUUUCGCCCAGGAUGAAAGGCAAGUUCUACCGAUCCGUAGUCAGACCUGCUAUGUUAUAUGGGGCAGAGUGUUAGGCGGUUAAGAAGACUCAUGUGCGUCGUCUGCAUGCGGCGGAGAUGCAGAUGUUACGAUGGAUGUGUGGGAAGACAAGGUUGGAUAGGAUUUCGAACGAAGUUAUCCGACGUCAGGUUGAGCCGGGGGUCUCUUGGAAACAGCCUCCCUGCUUCCAAGUAGGGGCAAGGUCUGCGUA